AUGCACAAUGUAAAUAUUGAAUAUUUUAAAAAAUCUAAAAAAAGUAUUGAAAGAUUCGAAGUUUAUGAGAAUCUGAAACUUUUUAAAAACUACUCUUUAUUAAUCCAAAAAGAUGAGGAGAUUAUAGAAGAAGAAAGUUUUGAUGACUCCUUUCAUAAAGCAAUUAAGCCAAUCGCUACAUUUGUACAGUUCCUGUUCCUAAUGCCUAUUUGUGGAAUUUCAAGUGAAUUUAGUGAUAAUUUAAGAUUUAAAUGGAUGACAGUUCGUGUUACGAUGAGCUUGCUGUAUUUGUCAUAUGGAUUAUUUAUUACUUUCUUGUUUUUUAAGGAAAUUUAUAUUAAGCAAAUUAAUUUUGGAAAUUCAAUUGGAAUGUUAUUUUUCUCCUAUACAACCACAUGCACUUUAGUUUUCAUUGAUAUAGCGCAAAAAUGGCCAAACAUAAUGAAAAUGUGGAAGAAAAUUGAUGAUAAUUUUACACGGCAUCCUUACAAAAUUUACAAAAGACGGUUAUCAACAAAAAUUAGAUCUAUUGCUGUAACUGUAAUUAUUUUAGCUUUAUUAGAACAUCUCUUGUUCCUUGCCAAUGAAGCAUUUAAUAAGUAUGUCGAUGUCAAACUCAAAGAUAUACAAGUUGACAAACCUAUUGAAUAUUUCUUAAAUCAACAAUUUGGAUUUAUUUAUGCAAACUUACCAUUUUCGGUCCCAUUGGGCUUAUUUAAUGAAAUAAUGAACAUGAAUUUCACAUUCGCCUGGAAUUAUAUGGAAUUAUUCGUGACGAUGAUUAGUUUGGGUUUGUCUACAAGAUUCCAUCAAAUAAAUAAAAGGAUUGCAAAAUUUCGAGGAAAGGAUGAUCUAUCGGAUGUCAUCGAUCCUGGAAGUUCAAAACCAGAGGAUGCAUUUAGAAGCUUGAAAACAUUGGCGCAUAUUGUUUUGAUGGUUGAUAAUGAUCAACUGGUUCAUGUUUCCGAUGCUAAAAAUGGAAAAGAAGCAUGA